GAAGACUACUACAACUGCACGGCACUGCACUGUACUGCAUUCUGCAACUUAACAACCCUUUUCAACUCACUCCACUCUGCCGCCAGUGGUACCUCGACCGUUGCAAUUUAUCUCGCACUGAGAAUUCUCUCUUUCUUGACAACGUGCUACAAUCUCUGUCCCUGUCAUCUAUUACGGUCAACGGUCAACCGCAUUCGUCUGUGGCACUCAACCAUGUCUCUCUCCCACGCCUGAUAGAAGCCCCGUCGACUGCCCGCUCAUGUCGUAGUCGUUCUGGGUUUCUCCUCUCGCCGGCAUCAUCCUGUCUCGACAGUCUGUCGGCACGCAUCCAUUGUCUCUCGAAAGGUCUGGUCCUGCGAUGGAGUCUGUACAUGGCGUGGAUGUAUCGUGGAUGGCACACAGUUCAAAUAGCUCACAGAAAGAUCAUCAUUCCCGUCCUCAGGCCCCUCCCCACCCGGCGUCCCCAGAGAAGCCGGCCUCAGCCCACAAUGGCGACCACCCCCAACCAAAGGAGCCGGCGACGCCGUCUUCGAAACCUACACCGAAUCGACCUGGAUUUACAAGGACUAGCUCUACAGAGAAGACCGCAACCUUGAAUGGAGGAUCAAAACCUGUCGUGUCCCCGCCUACCCGGCGAAAUUCCUGGCUUUCGAGCAUCUCAUCCAGAUUCUCAUCUCCAGGACAACACGGCCACAGUUCUCCAACUAGCAGCCCCCAAGGAUCAUCGCCAGAUCUAACACAGGAACCGCCUGUGCCUACGGGGCCCUAUUCUCCGAAAAAUGCCAUCCUGCCACAUGCGACAAAAGGCGCUGGCGAUGAGCCCUAUAUCCCCGCGCCGCCGAAAUCGGGACAGACGAAUUUCCUGCAGAGUGCUUUACGGAGGCUUUCGUCCUCAUCCUCGUCGCAUAGUGGACACCUAGCUAAUGCGGCCAAAGGCGUCCAACACGGAUUGUGCGAGCGGAGGGUACUGAAUGUCGACCGCAAUCGCGAGCGAUGUAGGAUUUCGGAGCUUGAUCAGUCGAAACUGAGGCGGGUCGCAUUCUGUGUAGAUGUCGAAGUCGCAAGUGGGCCGAGAUAUACAGAGGAUGUGACGGAAAGCCUAGAAGACACGAAAGAGAAGAGAGAUCUGAAGCGGAUGACGGAAAAGGGAGAGGGUGUGGCGUUGAAACAUCCGGAAGCUGUAAAAAACGAGAAAGAAGAGGCUGAUGCUAGCAAGGGCGCUGGAGAGCAAUCGUCUAGGGAAACGAUGAAAGAAACCUCUAAGAUUACAGCAGAAGCGAAGGAUAGCGUCCCUACCGCCGAGAAGGAUAUGACCAAGAAGAAGGAAAAGAAGAAGCGUAGUGAAGAAGAGAGGAAAGCACGAAAAGAGAAGAAACGGAGGAUGGCCGAAGAAAACGGGACUCUACCGGUUGAGCUCAUCAGAGAAGAUGAAGAUGAAAGUACAUCCACCAGCAGUACUCCAGCACCGGGAACGCCAAGAAGCCAAUUGGCUCCGACAACAGAUCCAGUGCGAAUAUACAGACGCUGCUGUCAACUGCGAGAGACUCCGGUAUUAAAGAGGAUCAUCGAGGAGCUAACUGCGUCAUGCUCCACGAUCGGACAACCUGGCGUUAUCAGCAAGUUGGACCUGACAGGUUAUUGGCUUGAACUGUCUGACUUUAUCACCUUGGGAGACUACUUAGCUGUAGUACCAGUGAAGGAAUUAGUACUGGAGAAUUGUGGCUUGACUGAUGAAGGUGUUCGGGUCGUGCUUGCUGGCCUGCUCGCUGCAAAACCUACGGAUUAUCCAACUAGAAGGCGACGCAAGUUUGGCCAUGAUGGCGAAGUCCGGCAGGGUGGAAUUGUAGAGCGGCUGGUUCUCAAGAACAACGUCAAGAUUGGACGAGAUGGCUGGCGGCACAUUUGUCUUUUUAUCAACAUGUGUCGGUCGCUCAAAUCGCUUGACCUAUCAAAUGUUCCCUUUCCCCAGUCACCUCCGCAAUCACCUUCACAUGGCCAAUCUUCAGCCAGCCCUCUCAGCCGCACAACUAGCUCCUCUAAGGCUAGUGGUGAGCUAUCAAGCCUUCUCUCCAAAGCUAUAUCGGAGCGAUUAGCGGGGAAGGAACUUGAACUGUUGAAUGUCUCCAAAUGUGGCUUUACUACUCAGCAGCUGGGUGACCUCGUGGAUGGGAUUAUCAAGUCAGGCUUACGCCGUCUUGGCCUUGCAGGUAACAAGAUCUCUCCAGAAGGGAUGAAUCACGUUGCCCGCUACAUCCGGGAAGGCAGCUGCGAAGGCCUGGAUCUUGGUGGUAACGACCUGGCGGACCAGCUGGGGACGAUCGCCGACGCCCUGAAUGAAGGCAGCAAUCUCUAUGCUCUGAGUCUUGCUGACUGCAACCUCAACCCGGAAUCGCUAUGGGCGUUAUUUCCUGCUCUGACAAGGCUGGAGAACUUCCGGUUCAUUGAUCUAUCACAAAACCAUGCCUUGUUCGAUACCGACCCCAGUGCGUUGUCAUUGCUUCGCAGAUACUUACCUAAGAUGCCUAUCCUGAAACGAAUCCACUUCACGGAUGUCUCUAUGACCCCCGAACAAGCGAUAGCCCUUGCAGAAAUCCUUCCGGAUACUCCAAGUUUAGCUCACGUGAACCUGAUGGAAAAUCCAAAAUUAGCUGCGUUGGCCGAUGCAAAGGAUGAAGCCAACCAAGAGGAAGCAUGCGCUCUAUACGCGUCGCUCAUGGCCGCAGUCCGGGUCUCCAAGACAAUUGUUUGCAUUGACAUUGAAGUGCCAUCCAAUGAUUCAAGUGAGAUCGUUAAAGCAUUGGCCAAGCAAGUGGUGGCUUACUGCUUGUGGAAUAUGGAGCAUGGCCCGGUAGCUGAGAUUAGCCCGGCGGUAGCAACGCCAGAAUCUGAUGAUGGUGAUAAUAAAGAGGUAGCCAUGCCGGAGGUACUGCUACAUCUGGUGGGACGUGUCGAGGGACUCAAAGAGAGUCACGAAGACGACGACUACGAGCCUGCCCCUGACGAAGAUUAUAUGAUCGGAGGAACCGGUGUGGUCAAGGCAUUAGGUAUAUGCUUACGGAACCGUGGCAACGAUUCUAGGCGGCCGUCGAUGGAUCGCACAUUUUCGGACAGGUCAGAACCAGGAAGUGGGACGGCAGCGCCGAGAACCCGCGUUAGCGGUGGCAAAGCCAAGCAGAUGUCCAAAAACCUGUUGGGGAGCGCGCGGAAGAUACGAGCACGACUGCAACCUGCACUGGUCAAGGAGGCGAGAACAGGUGAUCGGAAUAAUUAUCAACGUCUCCUCUUCCUUGACCAGACCCUGAAAGGCAUGAUCAAGCGGUUUGAAGACGAGUUCCCAGAGACGCGUCUCCCAACCGCAAACGCCUCGUCAUCCUCAACCGAUCUAACCAACAGCGGCGACGCUCAGGGCUCUGACACUGAACAAGCCUUAGUUGACACUAACGAAGGGCACCUCUCAGAUGAUGAGUUCGUCGUGCGACCCGUCCUCUCGCGCCACAACUCGGACGUAUCCAUAGCCUCGAAAGCCCUAUCCCAGGAAGAAGGUCGGAUGCACCGCUUCAACCAGAAGUUCCGCCGCGACAUCCUCAUGUCAGACGGCUCGGGCGAGGCCAACGGCCCAACAGACCAGGAUGAAUACUCGAUGCACCUCCAAGCGUUACGCUCGAUGCUGGAAGACCUAGGCGGGGAGCAGAUCCGGGCGAAGCUGGAGCGCGAAGGGCAAGACGCAGUGCUGGACGAGCUGCGCAACGAGGCGUCGUCGCUGCGCAAGCAGAUCAUCGACGCCGACCCCGAGGGCUGGAAGAAGUUCGUCGAGAGCCAGGAGGCGGCGCAGAUGAACCUCAAAGCCGAGGUCAGGGGACCGGAGCGCGAAUAUUCUUAAUAAUUAUAAUGAAAAUCCCCCCUGCCUGCCUCCCUCCCUUCGUUCACUCCACUCCCUGCCUCGACUCUGUUGUACGAUAAGAAAAGAAAGUCGAAAGUCGAUUCCAGAGGUCUGUCUGUUUGUCUCGUGUCUAUGAUGUAUCAACUUGUAUAGUAUAAUAAGGUACCUUAGGUAGGUAGGUAGGUAGUCUCGAUCAAUGAUCCUCACGAGAUGAGCAAAACAAACAAUUAAACAAUCAAUCAAAUAAAACCC